AAAGAGUCUAAAGCUGACACGUAGAUUGAUAAUGGCAGUGACAUCACCGUCCAGACUGCCUCCAUUCCCGCAGCCACUUCGAACCCCAAACCGUCGAAUCUCCAGAGUCACAUUGAUCCGAUCAACCUCAUCGCCCAUGAACCGCAACAGCCAUUCCAAACGAGUUGUCGUCUGCGGCGGCGGAGUCAUCGGCGUCUGCACGGCUUACUUCCUGGCCAAGAGCGGCGCCGCCGUCACCCUCGUCGAGAAAUCAUCCGUGGCUUGCGCCGCCUCCGGCAAAGCCGGCGGCUUCCUUGCCCUCGAUUGGUGCGAUGGUGGGGCCCUCUCCUCCCUCGCGCGCGCCAGCUUCAAUCUCCACCGUUCACUCUCGGAGGAGCUCGAUGGCGCUCGAUCAUAUGGUUAUAGACCCCUUACCACUCUCAGUCUCACCGUGACCGAAUCUCAUAGCGCUUCGUCCGGUUCAAAAUCCCCCGGUAGUUCCAUUUUGCCGUCUUGGGUGGACGGAUCAGCUCGGACGCCUAGGACCAUUGGGACAGCCGAAACUACUGCUCAGGUUCAUCCCCAGCUCUUCACUCGGACAUUGAUUUCCAAAGCGGUUGAGAAAUACGGCGUCGAGGUGGUAAUCGGGAAAUUGGAGAGUGUGGAGGUCGAUGGAGAUCGAGUUAACUCGGUGGUGCUAGAAGGGGGACGAGUCAUUGAGUCGGACGCGGUGGUUUUGGCAUUGGGACCAUGGUCCGGGAAGUUUGAGCUAUUGUCGUCGUUGUUUAGAGUUUACGGUCUUAAGGCUCACAGCAUCGUAUUAGAGCCUAAAGAAUCCGAUGCUAUAACCCCUCAUGCGCUUUUCCUCAGUUACUAUCAUUCUCAAGGAGGAAAACCCAUGGACCCAGAGGUUUACCCUCGUCCCAAUGGUGAGGUGUACGUGUGUGGAAUGUCAGCGGAGGCAGAGGUGCCGGAUGAUCCAGAGCAGAUCGUGGGCGACCCGGAAUCAAUACGGGUACUGAAGAGUGUGGCAAGCAGUGUUUCUAGCCAUUUGAGGGAAGGAGAGGCACAAGUGAGAGCAGAGCAAGCUUGCUUCCUUCCAUGUACAGAUGAUAGUGUGCCUAUAAUUGGGGAGGUGCCUGGUGUAAGGGGGUGUUAUGUAGCAACUGGUCAUAGUUGUUGGGGCAUUCUUAAUGGUCCGGCCACUGGGGCUGCCAUGGCUGAGCUUGUCUUGGAUGGCUAUGCUAGCAUUGUGGAUCUCGCGGAGUUUAGCCCAGCCAGAUUUGUUGGGCGUCGUAGGAAGUUUUAAGACAUUGUUUGUAUAGAAUUAUCAACCAUAUUAUUUAAUCCUGCUGUGUGUUUGUUGCAAAAUAAAAGAUUCAUUAGCUGCAAGUGCUUGCUUCACUUUUGUUAAUAAAUGUGGAAUUUAACGAUUCAGUUA